GGUUGUUUAUACAGGAGGUCAGUUUGAUGUUUGAUUCUUAAAGGCGACCCUUUAAAAAGUUAUCAUACACAGGGACGUCCUAACAAGGAUCUCUUCGCCCAAAUGGCAUUCACUAUAGCACGCCCAUCCUCACCUCACCUACCUUCUUCUACUCCUGUAGAUGACCAUCUCAGCGCAGCUCUUCACGCUGCUCUCAGUCGCGUACACGAAGACAUGCUACACCAAGAUAAAUCACAUCACCCACUACACGAGAAGUCUCACAUAGAUAUCGUACUCGACUCUGAUGUCCUCGCACUAAAAGGCACAGCAGUAGACGUAGAGCCUGCCUUGCUUUCUGGUCACCUCAUCCUCACUCUCUCAGAGGCGACUUCCAUCAAAGAGAUCAAUCUCCAAUUUCGUGGUAAAACUCGCGUACCACCUUCUCUUAACGACCCAAUCACCCUAAGCCAGAGUUUCAGUCUCUGCACAUAUGAUUGGUCCUUCCUCGAAGGCGAGAAACGCCAUUCGCAUACCCUCAAAGCAGGAAAACAUGUCUUUCCUUUCUCCCUCGCACUCGGUGGAACACUCCCAUCCUCAAUACACCUCCCCGCCACCAACCCUUCCUCUUUCAUUUCCUACAAACUUCGCGCAACCGCAGUCCGCCCUGGCCUCUUACAUAACCUCACCGCAUCACACCCCGUCACCAUAAUACGCAGUUUUGCACAAGAGUCGCUCGAGUAUCAGCAGACGCUCGAGAUCGAGAAUACAUGGCCCGAAAAACUCAUGUACACCAUCGUACUCCCUCAUCGUGCUUGGGCUGCAGGUGAUACCCUCACUGCCCUCUGUAAAUUUAUCCCACUCGCCAAAGGCGUACGCGUGCUCAGCAUUCUCACAAACUUGAAUGAGAUCGUAAAGAUUCCUUCAAGGGGGAGCAGCUUCACCAGAACCGUCGUUACUUCAAGACACGAGGUUUCCCAUGGAAAACUGAAGCUCGUCAGCGAGAGUUGGUAUGGCAUAAGACAGCCGAUCGGCCCUGGGGCUUCCAGUAUACCACACACCCCUGGUUCCGAACCCGAUCUCACCCUCCGUCAAGUCCCUAGCACAUCCUCUUCCUCAUCUUCCCACUCCCACCCUCACCCAACCGCAGGCUCCUCCUCCGCUCCCCACUAUCCCUCCUCCUCACAUUCACACGACGAACACCCAGACCCCGCUUCAGAUCAGGACACCAGCGACCUCAUCUGCCCACUCUCCAUCACCCUCCCACCAACCCUCCCCCCUUCCCACGCCCUCGACCCAAUCCACAUCUCACACCGCAUCCGCUGGUCAAUUCUCAUGUCAAACCUCGACGGACACACCUCCGAACUCCGCUGUAGUCUCCCAAUAACCAUUCUCGAUGGGCGAUUGCUCUCAGAAGCUCGGGCCGGUGGAAGAUGGGUCCGACGUGUCGUUUUGGGUGAUUACGUUCAAGGCGAUGGGGAGAGUGUUGGUGGUGGCGCUGGGAUCUUUGGGGAAGAAGGGGAUGAGGAGGAAGGUGAGACGUUACCGAGUUAUACAGCCCAUGUUCGGGAUCGCGUUGCCAAUGCCUUCCUCCCUGCUGGAUCUACCAUGCGCGUUGCAAAUCCAUACGUAUCCUCCGCUCCGCCUCCUACACAAGCCCUCAGCACGUCCUUUUCCCCGCGCUCGGGUACAAGCUCGCCUCCACACCCACACCCACACCCACAUCCGCAUGUGCACCACGCUCAUACGCUCCCGCAUGGCGUACUCGACUGGGUCAAUUCAGAACUCCUAUCUCGUCGUCCACGAUCGCCACACGCGAAUUCAGACCCUACGAGCCAAGUACCCAGUCGACUCGUUUCGCGCGCUCCUAGUCCCGAGCAUCGCGUUUGGGGACAUGCACAUGCACAUGGGACAAUGGGGCCUCCCGCAGCCGUGCCCGUACCCAUCUCCGUCCCCGAAACACACAGACACGCGCACGCACCCAUCUCCCUCUCUCCCGCAGACCCACACAGACCCCACAUAACCCCAGUAUCAAACCCAGAGAUAUACACACACAGUCCACCAGCCUCCCGUACCCGCGGCUCGCUCCUCGCAAUUGCUAUGAAACCUCUGCAUAGUGGGUGGUUAAGCGGGGGAUCAGGGAGUUAUUCAAGUCUUGUGGGUAUGGGUGGGCAUGGGCAUGGGCAUGGGUUAGGGAUGACGAGUGUUUCUCCUGGGGCUGGCGGUGGUGCAGGAGGACAUUCACGAUCGUUUGGGAAUUUGGUGUCGCCGGUUCAACCACUCGAAUACCCCGCACACGGACAUGGCCAUUCAAGCCACACGACGUUCAGCAUAGGCGGAAACGCAAGCGGAGCCCAAACUCCUUAUUUCACAGGAACACAUUCUCCGCAUAGUCCACAAAUGCCUCCUGCUGAGAUUGCCGAGAGUGCCAUUUGGGGGAGGGGGUUUACGGAUGUUGGUUCGGUGUCGCAUUCGCAUGGUGGGAGAUCUGGAGAGGAUUUAGAUGGGGAUGGGAGUAUCGUCGAAGGGAGUGUGGGUGCCAGUGUUGAAGGCAACGCAAGUGGCCUCCUGGAUGGAGACCCGAAUACGAACGCAGCACCAGACUAUCGCGUCGCAUCACAAGGAUUCAUCGGAGGUGUUCCCCCACUUUCGAGUUUAGCGGGGUUACCGAGUUAUGAGGAGGCUGCUGGGAGUGGGAGUGGACGGGAGACACACGACGCCCUACACCCACACGAGGCAAGGGACGGAGAGGUCGCUGUGCGGUUGAGAGUCCCCAUUCCUCGAUGGAGGAGGGAGGGUGGCGAGGUAUCGUGACUCGUAACAUCGGUGGGCCGCGUGCUCGAUAUUCACAUCAAAUCACCUCGCACUCCUCAUCGCCUCCUUCAAGUUGCUUGAAUACGACCCCCGUCAUCUCAUCGUUUUAUACGCUCAAUAACUUUAUUCAUCAUCAAGCAUUCCCAAUCCCCAUGGCAUUCCCAUCCAUAUCUUUAUUUAUAUUAUUUGACGAUAGACGAUAUGAUUGCGGAUUACUUAUAGAAUUAUUGCAUGUAUUAGCUUUAGGAUCUCCGUAUUUCAGUUGUUUUGAGGAUCAUGAUGUUGUUGUCGUCGUCGUGUAAUGAUUAAUGAACUUGCGAUGAAUACAUUUCUGCUACGAGGAUGAAUGCUUGCAUGUACGGGUGUAUUUUAAUGCUUCUUCAGGUA